UGCGGUGGGCUUCCAGGGCUCCGCGGCGCUGGGGGCCGUCUUUGCUGGAUACCGGAGGGCGGAAGUGCAGCUGGGCUCUACUCCGACCUCCGCGCAGGUGCCUUCUGCGGCUGCGCGGGCCAUCGGGACUCCCGGCUGGUGCAUCUCGGCGGGAUAGUGUGUUGGGCUCUCUCCUCCGCCCAGCGUCUUCACCUGUGCAGGAAGCCGGAGGAGAAGCCGGCGCUUCUAGUAGGUUUGGCUUUGGCUGAAAAUAAUUUAGCCUAUAUGUACUGCUUUCAUCACUGGAAGAAUGACAGAUGACAAAGAUGUGCUUCGAGAUGUGUGGUUUGGACGAAUUCCAACUUGCUUCACCCUGUAUCAGGAUGAGAUAACUGAACGUGAGGCAGAACCAUAUUAUUUGCUUUUGCCAAGAGUAAGUUAUUUGACGUUGGUAACUGACAAAGUGAAAAAGCACUUUCAGAAGGUUAUGAGACAAGAAGACAUUAGUGAGAUAUGGUUUGAAUAUGAAGGCACACCACUGAAAUGGCAUUAUCCAAUUGGUUUGCUGUUUGAUCUUCUUGCAUCAAGUUCAGCUCUUCCUUGGAACAUCACAGUACAUUUUAAGAGUUUUCCAGAAAAGGACCUUCUACACUGUCCAUCUAAGGAUGUAAUUGAAGCUCAUUUUAUGUCUUGUGUGAAAGAAGCUGAUGCUUUAAAGCACAAAAGUCAAGUAAUCAAUGAAAUGCAGAAAAAAGAUCACAAGCAACUCUGGAUGGGUUUACAAAAUGACAGAUUUGACCAGUUUUGGGCCAUCAAUCGGAAACUCAUGGAAUAUCCUGCAGAAGAAAAUGGAUUUCGUUAUAUCCCUUUUAGAAUAUACCAGACAACAACUGAACGGCCUUUCAUUCAGAAGCUUUUUCGACCUGUGUCUACAGAUGGACAGUUGCAUACACUAGGAGAUCUCCUCAAAGAAGUCUGUCCUUCUGCAGUUGCUCCUGAAGAUGGGGAAAAAAAGAACCAAGUAAUGAUUCAUGGAAUUGAACCAAUGUUGGAAACACCUUUGCAGUGGCUGAGUGAACAUCUGAGCUACCCGGAUAAUUUUCUUCAUAUUAGCAUCAUCCCGCAACCAACAGAUUGAAGGAUCAACCAUUUUCCUGAGUGGAAUCACACUGAAAUAGGAUUUACCAGAGCAUGUCACCCUUCUGCUUCAAUCAGGUUUGGUGGAGGCACCCUGACCAGAAACACUGCUGCAAGCCAAACAGGAAAAAGAUUCCAUGUCAGAUAAGGGCACUAGGGCUGGUCUUACUUUGCAUCACCACUGCUUUACUCCACUGCCGUCAUUAAACCUCAGCUGCGACAUGAAAGACUUUACAGGACCACUGCAAGUCUUCUGUUUUCUUGUAAAAUAUAAUGAAGCCGAAACCUUCGGCCUAAGAAGAAAAUGGAAAUAUGUGCCACUCAAUUUGUAUUUCUGAUUAACAAAUAAACAAGGGUAUUUCCUAAGGUGACCAUGGUUGAACUUUAGCUCGAGGGAGUGGAAACAUUGGUUUAAUUUUCAAGAGAAUUAGACUUAAGAAAGUAAAAGAGAAAUUCUGUUAUCAAUAACUUUCAGUAAUUUUUUGUAAAAGAUCAAAUUACAGUAAACCCAUCUUUCCUUAAUGAAAAUUUCCUAUGUUUACAGUCUGUCCUCUGGUAUGCAAUCUUGUAACUUUGAUAAUGAACAGUGAGAGAUUUUUAAA